UUGUUAAUUUAAAAUAUGUAACAUAUGUUGUAUUGAAUGAAAUUGAUCAAAUGUUGGACAUGAAUCUUGCAUUUCAUAUCAAAGAAAGUUUAUCUUAUCUAGAGCAAGAUAGUCAAUUUGUUAUGAUUAGCGCUAAUUUAUCAACAUCAGUUAGGGAUUUCGCUAAAUCAUAUAUGACAAAUCCAAUUGAACUAUAUGUCCGACCAGUUUGCCAUGAAGUACAAUUUGUUAUUCGUGAAGUAAACAAAUUUCGUUAAUUAUUUCAAUUUGUACAAAAAAUGAAUAAGAAAGAAAAAGUCAUCAUAUUUACUAAUGAAACAUCUCAAAUAGAUGAAUUACAAUCGAAUUUUAGUAAAGCAGAUAUAAAUCUUGAAAAUAUUCUCAGUCUAAAAGAUAUAAACGAUAGUAAAACCGCUAGAUUUAAAAUAGAAGAAAAAACAACAGCAAGAAUUAUUAUUACAACUGAUUUUGUAUUUGAUCAUGAUAACGUUAAUAUUAAUGAUAUAUCGUACGUCUACAAUUAUGAUCUUACACUUAAAGCUGACAAAUAUAAACGUCGAAGUAGAUGGGCAAUAUGUGAUGAUAAAACUGGAGUCAGCAUAAUACUUAUGACAGAGAAAAAUAUAAGUGUUGCUAAUAAUUUAAUUACAAUUUUAGAAAGUUUUCAUCAAAAAGUGCCAGAAGAAUUAUAUGAUAUGGCUAAGACCUUUAAAAUUUGGCAAAAAAAAAAAGAAACAAUUAAGAAACAAAAACAUAACAUCGUAAAUAAAAUUAGACGUUAUCAUAAAUAG